AUCUUUUUUCCUCAUUUCUCCCAACGAACCAACCCACAUAGUUUCGUAUUUCAUUCAAUUGUCGUCGUCGUUGUCUUAAUUGAUUGAUUGAUUGAUACCCUAGCACGUGUAAAUAUAUUACAACGGGAUUGCUAUAUCGGGUAUACCGACCCGAACAGCUAUAGCUAAUAGCUAAUACUACUACUACUACUACUACUACUACUACUACCACCACCUCUCUCAAAACUUCAGCCUUUCUAAGAGUAGGUACCUAGGCAGAUAUAGACAAGAUGGGACGAAACAAGGUGAAAAUCACCGAGUUAUACAUCUACCCCAUCAAAUCCCUCCGCCCCGUCUCCCUGCACACAACGCGGCUCCAGCAGGAAGGGCUACAGCACGACCGACGAUUCAUGCUCCUCAAAGUCAUCGACCCUUCCCCACCCUCAUCUAGCCCCCACUACAAAAACAUACAGACGGCCUAUUUUCCCGAAUGCACAUUGUUCGACCAAGCCCUGGAUGAUACACACGAGCACGUCAUCGUCACGCACCGUAAGCACCAGCGCAGUCCGCUGCGUGUGCCGCUGCGCCCGCACACCGUGGGUCUCGAGACAGUGGAGGUGCGGCUCUUCGGCAGCGCCGCGCGUACCCACCGCAUGGGCGACCCGUACGACGACUGGUUUACGUCGUGUCUGGGUUACCGCGCCGUGCUCGUGUACAUAGGGGACCACCGGCGUGCGGUGCUAGCACACGCCCCAUCACCGCCACCGCCGGUUUGCCGAGAACAAGCUCGGUCUUGGUUUACCUCCAUUACGUCGUUUCUCCCGCGAGUACUGCCAACGAGUGGGGGCGGGCUCGGGGAAGCAGGGGAGGGUGUUGAUGAUAAGGAGGGGCAGGACGAGGGGGAGAGAGCAUCGAUAGGCGGGUUAACCUUCAACGAAGCAGCGCCAUUCCUAGUGACGUCUAAAGCAUCACUGCGCGAAGUCAGCGCCCGGUUACCGGAAGGCGAAACCAUGGAUAUGAUUAAGUUCCGACCCAACAUCGUCGUAGAUGACAUAUCCGAUGAAGAAUCCGACGACGAAAUCACGGAGGAGGAAGGGGGGAGUUGGGGAGAGAAAAGAACAAAAGAGCUCAAAGCCUGGGAAGAGGACUUCUGGGCAGAGCUACUCCUAGCGCGUGACGGGAAACGGCUGGCGCUGACAGCCAACUGCGCGCGGUGUAUCUCGAUUAACAUCGACUACGAGACGGGGCGUCCGGCGUCCGGCGAGCAGGGAACCGUACUCAAGAAGCUUAUGAAGGACCGCCGCGUGGACACCGGUAACAAGUGGUCCCCCAUCUUCGGGCGGUAUGCCUUUCUGCUACCACCGCUGCGCGACCAUGUGCUAAAUAUAGAUGACCAAGAAGAUGAAAUGGGAAGAGGGCAAAGGGAGCUGAUAGCUGACGUCGCCGUGGGAGACGUGAUCAAGGUGACGAAACGUAUACGUGAGAGGGACGUAUGGGCUUGGCCGAAGUGAGCCCGCGCGUACCUAUUUGCUACAAUGUCGUUAGGUAGGGGGGGGUAUAACGCUCGAUCGAGACGAAGCGAUAGCUAGGCGAGCUGAAGAGGAGAGAGGGCUGCACAUGGAGCCAGCUUUCUCUACCUGCCUAUUGCGAUUAGGGAAAAGCAAGCA